UAUAUAUGAACCUAACCAACUGCUCCAACUCUCCAUAUUCCAGAAAGAGAAGCCCUGUUGUACCCAUGGCUACUAGGCAUUUCUCCUUUCUCUAUCCCACCCUAAUCGUCGUUCUCUUAGGCUUUUCUUUCUCUAUGUCUCUGCCUCAUUCAGAACCUAUUCCACCAGAAAUAGUCUGCAAGUCCACCCCUUACCCUUACUUGUGUACAUCCAUGUUCCUACCUAAUAAGCCAUCCAACAUCUUUGACUAUUUUCAGUUUUCUAUACUAAGAUCUGUGUCCACAGCAAGGGAAUUAUUGUAUUUAGUCGACCAGCAUCUUAGAAACAAGUCAUCCUUGUCGAAAAUGGCAAUUCGAGCUCUCGACGAUUGCCAGCUCCUAGCAGAGCUGAAUAUGGAUUUCUUGUUAAGCUCCUUCAAAACUGUCAAUUCCACAAACACUCUCCCUAGCUUCCAAGCCGAUGAUGUCCAGUCUUUGCUUAGUGCAAUAUUAACUAACCAGGAGACUUGCUUAGAAGGUCUUAAGGCUACACCAUUGGCUUGGAAUGUCAAGAGUGGUCUUUACACCCUUCUUUCCAGUGGGACCAUGGUGUACAGUGUUUCUUUGGCACUCUUUACUCAUGGUUGGGUCCAUGAGAAGAAUAAAGCAAAACUACGCAGGAAUCUCCUCUUCUCUCCUCAAUAUCAUCACUUACCUGUUACAAUGUGGAGCAAACCCAAUAAUCAAGCAAUCUAUAACUACAUUGGUGGAAGGAAACUACUGCAAACAACCAUGAGGAAUAUCAUUGUGAGAGAUACAGUGGUUGUGAGACAAGAUGGAAAAGGAAAUUUCUCAAGCAUCAAUGAUGCUGUAUCUGCAGCUCCAAACAAAACUAGCAUCAACAGUGGAUAUUUUGUAAUUCAUGUUGCUGCUGGAGUCUAUGGGGAGUAUGUAUCAAUUGAUAAGAACAAGAUGAAUAUUAUGAUGAUAGGAGAUGGAAUUCAAGCUUAUAUCAAACUUUACAGUAUCAAUCAAAGCGUGAUCACAGGCAGAAGUGGCAAUGAUGGGUGGACUACAUUCAAUUCAGCAACCUUUGCUGUGGCUGGACAAGGAUUUGUUGCAGUUAAUAUAACUUUCCGCAACACUGCAGGAGCAAUCAAAGGUCAGGCUGUGGCAGUUCGAAAUGGUGCUGAUUUAUCAACUUUCUAUAAUUGUAGCUUUGAAGGGUACCAAGAUACCUUAUACACUCACUCCUUAAGGCAAUUCUAUAGGGAAUGUGACAUAUACGGGACAGUAGAUUUUAUAUUUGGUAAUGCUGCUGUGGUUUUCCAGAAAUGUAAUAUCUAUGGGCGUCUGCCCAUUCAUGGACAAUCUAUUACCAUCACAGCACAAGGGAGAUCAGAUCUAAACCAGAACACUGGAACUUGUGUUCAAGAAUGUAACAUCAAAGCAGCUUCAGAGUUAGCUUCUAGCAAUGCUAGUAGUACUAAGACAUACUUAGGAAGACCAUGGAGGCAAUACUCUAGGACAAUCUUUAUGCAAUCCUUCCUUGAUAGCUUUAUAAAUCCUGCUGGUUGGACAGAUUGGGGUGACAAUACUACAUUAAGUACACUAUAUUACGCGGAGUUAAACAAUACAGGACCUGGAUCAAGCACGAAAAAUAGAGUUAGAUGGCCUGGAUACCAUGAGAUCAAUGCUAAAGAAGCCGCCAACUUCAGUGUUUCCAACUUUAUACAUGGGGAUAAUUGGUUGCCUGCAACAAGAGUUCCUAACAUUGGUGGUUUGUAAUGGAGAAAACCUUUGGGCUUUUAAUGGGUUUAUCUGCUAUUGAAUGUUGGUCUCAACUCUAAAUCACAAGGCAAUACUGCCAAAAUGUUAUAUAUCU